AUGCCUCGAGAGACCAAAUUCGUUGAACAUCAGGUGAACACAGAUUAUGGCCAAUACCUGCAGCAAAAACAAGAGGGUAGUGCGGCGCCGGCCCCCUAUGCACCCUAUGGUAUGGCCACAGCCAGCGACCCGAAGAAUUGGGACCCAAAUACAAAGACUUUCAAAUCGGCGGAGGAAGUGCUGCUUCCCAUCCAAGGGCCGGCCAACUGGUCUCAGAUUUGGACAAACUAUGAGUCCAUUGGAGAGGACUAUAAACUCGAGAUUCCGGAAGGCGUUCCCUUACUUCCGCAUGAAUUUCAAUAUCUGAAGACAUCGGGAGAGAAGUUAGAAAACAUUGAGUUCUUCGAGCGGCUCGGGAGGGGAGGCUUCGGAAUCGUGUGGCGCGUGGAAGCGGUCGUCAAAGACCAUAGACGAAGAGGAUUGGCGUCAGAGCACCAGAUCCUCGCCUGUAAAGUGGUUCGUCUCGAGGGCAUCGGAGACCUCCACUUUGACGUCAGCAACGCUAUCUCCGACAUGACAAACCUCCUGUUCCUCAAUCACCCCAAUAUCGUCGGCUUCUUCGAUAUCAUUAACAUACCGGACCGCGAGACUGCCUUUCCGUUCACUCGGAUUCUGGUAUUUAUGGAGUUAUGUGCCGGAGAUUUGCACAAAAUUAUGGACAGACAGCCCGACGGUGUGGAUGAGGUGUUGUGCGCUCAGAUGCUCCGGCAGGUGGCGAAGGGAUUGCAGUAUUUGCACAGCAAGAAGGUGGCGCACCUGGACAUCAAACCGGGUAAUAUACUCUUCAAGUUUGUCGGACAGGAUAUUGCCUUCAAAUUGGCUGACUUCGGGCUCUCAAUGUUGUUCAGUGAGGAGCAGAGGAUGACAACCCUAUCGGUGGGAACGGGAACCGAGGGGUUUAUGUCGCCCGAGAUGGCUGUGGCCCACCAGCUGCCCAUUGAUACCGAGCCGUGCGAUGUCUACUCCCUGGGCAUGACUCUGGCCUCUGCACUGAUGGGUGAAUACAACUUCUGUGUGAAUGGGGAACAGUAUGGCUGGAAUCUCAGGUCAACUAUAUUCAGACCAUUGGCUAAGAACAGACUCCCAGAGCCUCGGGCUAUCAUCGCGCGGCCUAUCAGUCGAGGAAUGGCAGCUCUCGUCUAUCACAUGAUUCGCGUGAAUCCAAGAAACAGAGUAUCAAUCAGUUAUUUGCUGAACCAUCCGAUGCUUCAAUAG